GGCAGCCGUGCAUGGUUGUUGGUUACAUAAACCUGAGCCUUGGGCCUUAGCAUUGUUAGAAGCAAGUCAUACCACAGCUAGCUCAAGUGGACUGAGCAACCGUUUCUUAAUGCAUUGCCCUUACCCUUUCCAGAGCUUUGCCUGGCCAUUUCAAGGAAGAAGAAGGAUUAGUGCGAGAGAUUCUUCCAGCUUGAGUGAAUCAGAGCUCUGUGUUAUUAUUAGAAAGCUGUAGCGGCGCAGUGAGUUCAUCAACGGCACAAUGGGAGGCGUGGUGUCGGCGCUGGCGGGAGCCAGCAGGGAGAGGCAGAGCAGGAAGAGGAAGCAGUUCAACACGGUGGAGCUGAAGAUGAGGAUGGACUGUGACGGCUGCGAGCUCAAGGUCAGGAACACCCUUGCCAGGAUGAGAGGGGUGGAGUCGGUGGAGAUCAACCGGAAGCAGCAGAAGGUGACGGUGCAGGGGUUCGUGGAGCCGCAGCGGGUGCUGCGGCGGGCCCAGUCGACGGGGAAGCGUACGGAGAUGUGGCCGUACGUACCCUACACCAACCCCUACGUCGCGCCGCCGGUGUACGACAAGAGGGCGCCGGCAGGGCACGUCCGCAGGGUUGACGCCCUCAUCGCCCCCGCCGCCGGCCGCGAGGAGGACCUCUCCACCAUCUUCAGCGACGACAACCCCAACGGAUGCUCCGUCAUGUAGAGUAUGAUAUUGAUACAGCAGGGCUCAUCGAUUCACAGAUUCGACUGUGCAAUGCCGUCUUGUUUGGAUUUUUUUUAAUAAAGGAAUAGUUCAAUAUCCCGACCUCUACAUCAUGGUAUAACAUAUCUAGAAGAAGGAACCACAAAUGAAUGAAAGAGUGAAGAUCAAGGUACCGAGCUUAUAGGCAAAGCCUAUUACUAAACCACCACCCGUUCUUUGCGAAAAUCUCCAUUGUCGUGGUCUCCAAAGCUCGACAAGCUCCUGGUACAGUGUCCCAAUCCUCCAUCUUCUGCAAUAAGGUCUAGAAUCUGAUCCACUGAGUAGCUCUGAAAAGAACCUGCACACAAGUUUGUUUAUCUACUUUAUCAAAAAUAAUGUCAUUUCUACUGAGCCAUAUGACCCAACAAACAGCACUUACUCCUGUUAGAAUAAGAUUCUUUUCUUUCCACCCUACCCCUUGUAGCCAUGACCCAAAGAUAUGAAUGACAUUAUUUGGUUUUUCUAAGCCAAAGGUGGUAUGAAUUAUUCUCCAAAUUAUCCUAGCCAUGUGACACUCAAAGAAGAAAUGUUGUAUAGUCUCGUUAUUACUAUAGUAGCAACAUUUCUCAUUUCCAUGCCAAUUCUGUCUAGCCAAAUUAUGUAAUAACCCUUCGGUGAAAGAGCCAUAGGAAAACUUUAACCUUAAGGGGAAGUUUUAAUUUCCAUAAGAAUCUGUUAAUGGGAAGAAUCCUUACAUCCAGUAUCGCUCUGUACAUUGAUUGAACAGAGAAGAGUCCAUUUCUAUUUAGUGACCAAAUGAACAUGUCUGGUUGGUCCACAACAUGGAGACUUGCAAUCUGAGCCACCAACUCAUGCCAAUUCAUAAGAUUGCUCUCCUGGAGCCAUGACCUUUUUUAUGGUGUCAUGCUUCCUAGUUACCAGAUUGUAAAGUGCUAGGUAUUACUCGCUAAAGCUUGUAUUUUCUAGCCACUUAUCUUCCCAAAAUCUUAUUUGUUCCCCAUUUUGCAAUUUAAAGGUCAUGUAAUUAAGGAGGUCUUCUUUCACGUUCAUUAACCCUGACAAAAAGUGUGAGUCUCCUGACUUUUUCUCUACCUGAGAGAUUGUUUUGGAGCCUAAAUAUUUAUUUUUUAGGAUUUGUUGCCAGAUUCCAUCCCCAUUAAGGAGCUUGAAAAGCCAUUUACUUAGGAGAAAUUUGUUUUGGGUUUCCAAAUCCAAAAUUCCUAGACCUCCUUACUCUUUUGGUCUACACAAGAUAUUUCACUUUGUUAAUCUAUAUUUUCUUUUUUGCUCAUCUCCUUGCCAAAAAAAUUUGGACCUAAAAUAAUCCAAUUUCUUAAGAAUUUCUUUUGGAAUUUUAAAGAAGGAAAUCAUGUACAUGGAGAGAUUGCUUAGGACUGAGUUAAUCAAGGUUAGCCCGCCUCCAUAGGAGAGCAUCUUGCUUUUCCAUGUGCUCAGUUUCCUUUCAAAUCUUUUCUUUAUAAUUUUCCAAUCUUUAUUUCAGAUUCGGGUGUGGUGCAUUGAAAUGCCAAGAUAUCUAAAAGAGGCCUCCCCAAUAGGACAUCCGAAGAUGUCCAUGUACUCUUGUUGGGCCUCUUUCGCAUCUCCAUAGCAGCUCUUAUGGAAGUUUAUCUUGAGACCAGAAAGGUGUUCGAAGACUGUUAGCACAAUCUUCAUAAUUUUUGCCUCUUCCAAGUUGUGAUCCAUAAAAAGAAUUGUAUCAUCUGCGUAUUGUAAUAUGGAUAGGCCAUCAUCAACUAAAUGUGGAAUUAAGCCUGAAAUUUGUCCA